AUGCUGCAGAGGAAGCUCACACGCACCGUCUCCAACCUCUCAAUUGUUUCCAAGACCAGUAGAGCCAGCAGAAAAGAACGAAAAGCUGAAAGCAAGGCCGCAAGUAAGGCCAAUAGCGUCGCCAGCAGCGUCGCUAGUAGCAUAGCCGAAGCUUCCGACGAUGAAUACAACAACCCACUCGAGAACGUUGCCCGUUGGCGCUUGACCGCCAACGCGGUUGCCUUACGCUCCGGGGCCGCUUUCGCCUUCGGCCUGCAGAACCUGUCCGCUCCCGUCCCACCGGCUGCGAAUAGAGUCAUCUGGCUGGACUCUACCCUCUCGGAAUGGAGCGGCAAGGAGAAGAUCAGGGUCGAUGUCUAUCUUCCUCCCACCACCACCUCCAGCAAACCCACCGGCAAGAUCCCUGCGGUCAUCAAUUUUCAUGGUGGGGGGUUCGUCGUCGGGCAGGGCACUGACGAUGCGCGCUGGGCUGGCGCUGUAGCGACAGCCCUCAACGCCGUUGUCUUCUCUGUCAGCUAUCGCCUGGCUCCCAGCUAUCCUUUCCCCACACCAGUCGAGGAUUCCGCCGACUCUAUUCUUCAGAUCGUCGCACGUGCCGAAGAGUUCCGCAUCGAUACAAACAGGGUCAUCUUGUCGGGUUUCUCGGCUGGAGGGACACUAGCACUUGCCAGCUGGAACAUUCUCCAAGACCCUAAUCAAUGGGGAUACAAGUUUAAACUCCCAGUUCCCGACAUCUCCGGCCUGGUGUUGUUCUACCCACUCUUGGACUGGACCAUGACUAGGCCGCAGAAGCGGAAGACAUGUGGAAAGCCAGAAAUGACUCUUCCCAAAGGCAUGACUGACCUCUUUGAUGCGUCGUACAUAUACCCUCCAAGACGACGGGCUGAGCGGGGUGAUCCGCGUCUUUCACCCGGCCUCAUGACGAAUGAGAUGAUUGAUCGCCUACCACCAGUACACCUGUGCAUGUGCGAGCACGACAUGUUGCUACUGGAGGGCCAGUCUUUUGCGGAGAGAGUAAGAUCCCGCGGUCGCCGGGUCAGCACACGUGUUGUUGAGGCUGAAAAACAUGCCUGGGACAAACCUCCACCUUUUGCACCCAAGGAAUCUGUCAUGGUUGAGUAUAACGAGGCCAUUAAAGCCAUCAAAGAAUGGUUUGACAACACAGGGAUGACAUGGAACAUUGAGUGA